CAUCUGAUGUCUAUAUUCUUCCCAGUAUGAGAUUACGGACACGGUACGUAAUCUCCUGUGUUGGGAUUUUGUUCCUUGUGUGUACUUAUGAAGUGUAUUUCAACUCCGGGAGCGCUAGGGAUCUCAUACGCUCCGUCUCAGGGGAGCAAUUUCAACACGACGAUGGAAACUUUCUACACGGGGGGAGAGGCAUCCGUCGAAGAGUAAAGGUUAGAAGAGAGGAUACUGUUCAGUUUGUGUCAGAUCGUCCCCGACCUCCUCUGUCUCUUAACAGCAGCAGUCAGGGGGUCGUGAUGAUUACAGCAGACGAAUAUAGAAAAAACAAAGACUUAAAAUCGGGUAAUCCUUUAAUAGACAACUAUGGAUUGAAUGACCUACAUCGUACAGGAGAAAUGGGCCGAGGGGUUACGUUUGUAGGCACAGAAAAGAAAAAAGUGGCUGAAGUGAUUGAGAAGUACCACCUCAAUGUGAUAGCUAGUGACUUGAUUCCACUGAACAGGAUGGUACCGGAUUCUAGACUGACGAGUUGUGCGUCCAGGACUUACGAACAUGACCUCCCGACCACAAGCGUGAUCGUACCGUUCUUUGACGAAUGGCCGUCCAUCCUGCUCCGUACGGUGUACAGCAUCGUCAACAGAACGCCGCGCCAUCUUCUACAGGAAGUUAUCCUCGUGGACGACGGAAGUGAGAUGGAGGAGCUUAAGAAACCCUUAUCAGAAUACAUCAAGAACAACUUCCCGUCAGGCCUGGUGAAACUGAUUCGGCUUCCGGUCCGGGUUGGUCUAAUCAAAGCCAGGAUACAAGGCUGGAAGACCUCUAAGGGACAGACCGUUGUGUUUUUUGACAGUCACAUGGAAGUCAAUAUCGACUGGGUACAGCCGCUUCUUACUGAAAUAAAGAAAAACAGGAAGACGGUGGCUAUGGGUGUUCUAGACUAUGUCAACAGCGAGACGUUUGAAUAUCGGUUUAACGAGGGCUACCUAACGCGAUACGGGUUUGACUGGAGGCUGGUGUUUUUUGAGACGUUCUUCAGACAGGACCAAGUAGGGGUCACGGAAGAUGCACCACGUCCGGGCGCUGUAAUGGUCGGGGCUGCUUACGCCAUCGAUAGCAAAUACUUUGGACAGAUUGGGACUUAUGACGAAGGGAUGAAAGUGUGGGGAGGAGAAAAUCUUGAGAUGGCUUGGAGGGUUUGGAUGUGCGGAGGGAGGUUAAUCCAUUUACCAUGUUCGCACUUGGGACACAUUGCCCGUACCCAGCCUUACAGUUUCCCUGGUGGUCGUCACCACAUCGAGGUGUAUAAUUACAGGCGGGCAGUAGAGGUGUGGAUGGAACCUCGAUAUAAAAACUUCAUCUAUGAUCACUUCCCGGACAUGAAGACUAUGGAUUCCGGCGACAUAUCGGAAAGACUGAAAUUGAAGGAGCAGUUAAAGUGUAAAAAUUUCACGUGGUAUAUGGACAAUAUUUGGCCAGAGCUGGCUAUAUUUGACAGAAACGUGUUUGCCUGGGGAUCAGCUCGAAAUCUCCAGGACAACCGCUGCCUAGACAACCAUCAGUACUUGUUUCAGGCUCCAGAAAAUUUAUUUUUAGAAACUUGCCACUAUCAUUUAGCAUCACAGGGGUUUUCCUGGAGGGAGGACAAGCUCCUACAGACAUCUCUUCAGUGUGUGGUACUGAAGCAAAUGUAUGAUGGGGCGAGGCCUAUGCUUGAAGACUGCAUAAUCGGACCACGUGACACUUGGAUACACGAGAAGAAUGGGUUUAUCAAGCACGAAAGAAGUGGUUUGUGCAUCGAUAUGGAUCUCCAGGGACCAGUAAUGAGGACGUGUCAACCAACUGCAAUAUCUCAGAAAUGGCAGUUUAAUAACUACAAUUAUUGAUCACCGUCCAGCAUAAUCAACCACAAUUGUCUGUGUAGUAAAAGGCAGUCAAGUCGGACCAUAGUCCAUACAAAUGUAAUGUAUGUGUGGGUAUUUUUAUAGAAAUGUUUUUAACUUAUGGAAGUUUGAUAUAAUGUCUGGUGCGCCUUUGCAGGUGAAUGCAAUGAAGUGAUUUUUCGGUAUAAUUUGAAAUGAACUACAUACCUUUUGCAGCACCAUUUACUGCCAUUUUUUGUGUACUGUUAUGUAGGUAUUUGUAACAAGUACUUAACAAUGAAUCUGAAGUAGAUUUACUUCAUUUCAUAUGAUUCCUUGACCGACAUACAUCCAAGAUUUUCUUGUCUGGACUUUCAAUUGUUUAAUUAUUGAAUCAUUUACAUAGCUCAGCAAUGUGUAGUAUGUUUAUUUCGCUUUUUCAUAAUGAAUUCUGCAUUGAAGUAUACUUGAAAAAUAUAUCUUAACAUUAUUUAUUACGCUGAUAAAACUUUCCCCAUUUCACGUCGUUUGUAUUGAAAUGUCGGUGUUGGAUAAGUUUAAUGACUUAAAAGUAUUUUAGUUAACCCGUCUGUCCUGUUUUAUUAUCUCGGUAUUAUAGCAGACAAUUGAUUUUUCCUAGUUUCUUUCAAUAUCUGUCAAUUUUGAUGUGAUGUGUGUUUGUAUGUGUACUUGUCUAUGAAUCAUAACAGACAAUUAAUUUUCUUCUAGUUUCUAUCAAUAUCUGUCAAUUUUGAUGUGAUGUGUGUGUGUAUUUGUACUUGUCGUAAAUUUUAAUAGGGUAAUGCAUUAAAGUAAUUUCAAUAUUUUGCGUGUAUUUAUGGAAACUCUAUAAGGGUUUAGUAAAAUGAUAAGUUAAAAUUCCUCGUUUCAGAAUCUUCAUGUUACGAGUAAGCUUCCUUAUAUACGUAUUGUAUAUCAUUCGUAUCUAUAUAGGAACAGAGACAUUCUUACAUUGUAUGUCGCUAUCGGAUCAGGUAUCUAUUUCGAUAUGGGAGACAGUGUUAAAUUCAUUAUGUACUUAGUCUAAGCAUUACUGAUCGAUGGAAAUCAAAAUCUUAACAACUAUCUUCACAUAUAUAUAUGAUAUCGAUUGCUUUACUCCGAUUUGAUGGCUCUGGAGGGGAAAUAAUUCAGUUAUUGAUAAGAUAUUAAUAUGAUUACGGAAACAGUAAAUAUUAGAUGUUGUCGUCAUGAGACCAUUUCUGGUUUCUUAGUUACAUAAUUAAGCUUUACUCGCACAAAAAUUUGUUUUAAGUCAUUUUCCUUUACCUGUUUGAGAAAAAGACAAGAAGUGAAAUGAAACACCCGGACUCUCUGGUUCGUUUCGUUGAAAAAGCAUUAAUCUUGAUUGUACAUGUAAUAUAUUUAGUUUGCAUGAAAAAAAAAAUGUAAUGUAACGUUUAAUGUCAUAUAAUUAAUUGUCAGGUUUUAUAAAGGUCAUAUUGUUAUAUCAGUCACUAUGUGGACAAACAUAAACGGUGUUCAUCAACAUACAUUGGCAUUACAUUUGACAUUUUCAUGCCAAUGAAAUUAAAUAUAUAUAUAUCGGUGUGACACCUGUUCUUACCAUUGAUAGACUAAGGUCUCCGUUACUGGAUGAAGUUUGGUAACAGGGUAUCAGCAGUGUGCUAUUGUAGGAUAUUUGUAACGACUUAAUUGCGUCCCAGGUGUUGAUAAGUCUGUGUAUAUGUUUUUUUCAGUAUCUCAAGGUGUAAUGAAAUAUAAUUAGGUUGUGCUCCUGUCAUAAUUCACCACCAUAUGAUAUUGCAUGCACAUUUUGAAAUGGUUAAUUACGUAUAAUGAAUGUGUUGUUUCAUUUCUGACCCAAAUGUUGUGAACGUUCAUUUUGCCGCGGUAGUAGAACAUAAUUCAUAACAUUUUUAAUUAAAAAAAAAUCCGAGUCAUUAUGCAUCAUGUAAUAGAUGUCAAGAGAGGACAUUACUCAUGACACGAGUGGACAUUCUGAUAAGUUGUCAUGGUAACGGAGUGUAUAGUAGACAAUGAUAUAAUCCAAAAUUAUGUAGAAUUAAGUACACCGAUGUAUGCGUGAAAGAAUUUACAUACUCGUUAACUGCAAUAUAUUGUAAUACAUAUUUAAGGUAAAGGUGUCUUUGCAUGAGUUUUAUUUAUAGUGACCAGGGUGCAUUUCACACAUUUUUGAUAAUAAGAAUUCUCCAUUACAAAAUGAUAACGUGAAAUUGAUAUAGCAUUCCAAUUCUAAAUGGCACCAUUGUGUAUCGGUGUCUAGAUCCCAAAAUCUGAUGUGAUUGGUGUUUGCUCUAGUAUUCCCGGUGGUUUCAUUACUACCAUCCUUGUAUCACUAUUUGAUAUGACCUAAUUGAUGGAAUACAGUAAUUGUUUCUGAACACUCAAAUUGAGAUAAUUAGAUCGUAAACCAUUGACAUGUAUAUUCACCAGUUAUGUUACUGAUAAUUCAUUACCUAUGUGUGUCCGUCCCGUGCUGAAAAAUAUCAUAUCAUGAGAACUUCUUUUAAAACAGAUUUGGGUCAUAUUUACCCUAUGAUUUUAUAGCACCAAGUUUUAUUCUUUAUAUAGGCAAAUGUCAAAGCAAAAAUGGUCAAAGAUGACAUUUGACAACAUCUACAAAUCCAUCAAACAAUACUUUGUAUAUGCAUAGGAGCCGGAGCAUUCAUGUCUUACAGUAAUUAUUGUUAUACUGGAAUAAGAAUAGCCGGUAAAACGAUCGGAGGAUAUUUUAACAAUAUAUAAUUUCUCCCUUUUGCAAUAUAUUUAAAGUAUCUAAAAUGAGUUUUCAUUUCAUUUGAGAUUUAAUGAUAGAGGCUUUGAUUUUUAUUCAUUUUUCGGACCUCGGCAGGCAGAAAUGAAAACUUCGAGACGAGUUUCAUUAAAUCUCAUAUAGAAUUAAAACAAAUUAAAGACACAUUUUAUCACAAAACAGUAACAUUUCAACUGCUUAAAAAGAAAUUUUGAAGGAGAAAAUCAAACGGAGGCAGCAGUUAUGUUGCGCCAUUUUCAACUCGUAACGUAACAUUAUUGUCCAUAUGACACCAAAAGCGAUUUCUAACUGGCGCGCAGCCAAUGUAAAAUGUUCUAUGGUUCAUUGCGUCAGUAAUAUAGGAUAAAAAACAAUAUUGUUCUCACAUUUUGCAUUACAUCUAAAUUAGUGUAAAUGUUUGUUAUUAUUGUAUAGGGUAAUUUGAUUACAGGGUGCAUUUGAUUUUAUCAAUAUGUGUAUUUGCCUGUACUAAGUUUUUUAACAGUUACGAUUUUAAUGUAGCAUAUGGAAAGUAAAUAUGCAUGAUUUGAUGUGUACAAUGUUUUUUAUAUCAAAAAUAUAAUUUGGAGUAUGAAUAUCAGUAUAUCAGUAUAGAAAAAAGUAUAUAAAAAGGAUGUAGGGAUAUAAAUCAUACUUAUAUAUAAAACAAAUUAAGGGAGUGUUAUUAUCAGUUUGUCAUAUAGUUUACAUCUGCAAUAGUCUAAGACGAGAAAAUAUCUCGUAAUAUGAGGAUGACACAUUUCCUGUAUACACAGUAUACUAAAUAUGUGUAAUUAUGUAACUUUGAAAUGCCCUGUAAUUCAUUAUCUUGCCAUGAAACGUAACUGAAGUUCUGAGAAUAUUUUUCUAUUUUUGAAACUGGAUACAUGUCAUGUUAUUAAAAUUGAUAUAAACUUCUAAAUAGUAUAUGGUUGAAAUAAUGAUUCUAUAAAAUUAUAUUUUCUGUAUUUAUAUUACGACAUAACAAAAACAAAAAUAAUGAAAGGAAUUUGAAAGUGUUUAGGUUAUUUAUAGACAGGGUAAGUAAUACAGUCAUAAUUGUGAUAAUUAAUCCAACAUCAUCAGAAUCAUCUGUAUACACGUGUCGUUAUUGUUAAGUCAUUCAUCACGAUGCUUAUGUUAGGAGUUGAACCUUAAAAAAUGCUAUCCAACUUUGCUUCACUGCCAUAUCAGUUUAACUUAUACAUGAAUAGUUUAUAGUCUGUACACAUAAAGUCAGUGUAAUCUUCCCUAGGGAAAUACUUAUAAAAACAUCGGAAUCCAACUAGGUAAUUGUUCGUUGAAUACAUUCAUUUUCUCUUCAGAAUAAGGAAAUGUUAAUUUUGUUUUAUAUACUUUUAUGCAUCCUCCAUCUUUUCACAUUAACAGCCAAAAGAAUUAUGUGAAUAGAUAUGGUCACCGUAUGGUGAGCUCUAAUACAUUUUCCAAAGAUAUUAAUACAUAGACAUAAUGACGACACACAUGAAAAAUACAGCAUGACAUUAUAUAUAAAAAAUUGGGGGAUACAAAAACAUGAUUUGUCAGAAAAUAUAAUUAUCACUGAUGAAACGCAUGGGUGGGGGCGUAAAACUCCGCCACUUAAGCUUAUCUCCCCUUCAGAAGAGGAUAUCAAAAGGAAAUACAACUUUUGUUCUAUGUCCUUUUAUCUGUAUAUUUUAAAUAGUUGUUUUAAAGAUUUGGCAAAUGAUUUGUUGUCUUUUUAUAUGAAACCAACUUUAAAAUGUCGUAUUUAUUUUGAAUCCGGUAUCAAAACACUCUUAGUGAUUAGAAACUUACUUACACAAAAGGAACACUUCAUUUUUUCUGUAUGGAUUUGUAUAUAUAUGUACAUACUGAGUUAUUGCUUAACAUGAAUGACCAUAUUUACAAAAAAUAUGAAUUAUUUCUUGUGUUCAUAAUCGCUAAUCUUUUUGAAGAUUUUUGGUGAUGUUUGAAAAUAAAUCCUUGUAAUAGAUCCUCCUAGUUCAGUCAGAUCUCAUGAAUUCAGUAUGUAAAAUAAAUCCCUGUAAAUAACUACAUUUUAUUAUUGUAAUACUUUUAAAGGAGCUGGUUGUUAAGUAAAUACCUGAUCAUUCUUUAGUGCCAUAUUUUAGAGGGUGACCUUGUUCUAUCCGAACGUUUAUUGUUAUAAAUCGUGUAUAUGUUGAAGUGCCAUAAUGAUGUUUGUGAUUGAAAUUUGGUAAUUUGAUAAUACUGUAUAAAUGAUUGCUGGAAGUUUGUGUGAUAAUGUAAACGCCUGAGUAUUUGACAUUGACAUUGCCAUGCCGUUGACUGUGUGGUCAGUUACACACUACAGUCCAUCAUGUGGUGGAAUUUCUGAUAACGAGUACCUGUAAUAAGAAAAGUCAGCAUGGCAUAAGUUUUCUCAUUUGCUGUAUUAACAGAAAUCGCUGUCAUGAGUUGUACUCGAGUAAUCAAAAUGAUUAAUUGUCGACUUUCUGGAAUAAUGUAAAGCCUCGUCUGUUAUAUAAAUUGAUUGUAAGAAUAACACAUGACGUGGCCUGUUUUAUGAGUUGUAAUAACAGACUACACAUGACGUGGCCUGUUUUAUGUGUUGUAAUAACAGACUACACAUGACGUGACCUGUUUUAUGAGUUGUAAUAACAGACUACACAUGACGUGGCCUGUUUUAUGUGUUGUAAUAACAGACUACACAUGACGUGACCUGUUUUAUGUGUUGUAAUAACAGACUACACAUGACGUGGCCUGUUUUAUUGGUUGUAAUAACAGACGACACAUGACGUGGCCUGUUUUAUGUGUUGUAAUAACAGACUGCACAUGACGUGGCCUGUUUUAUGAGUUGUAAUAACAGACUACACAUGGCAAGGAUAUAUUUGUGAUGAAAACCAACAUGUGAUUGUCAAAAUUAAGAAUCACAAAAAACAUUUAAAGUAAUAUUUUUGAAUUGUUGAUAUUGUUAUUAAAAAUAUGUUUAAAAUGAA